AUGCGUCUCGCCAAACUCUCGUUUAUUCUCCACGCUUUGGUCCUGACUGCACUUGCGGCUCAGGACCAGAGACGGGACUCCAGCAACCUGGUCUCUGAUAUCGUCAACAACGACUCGGCCACUGCCGUCACCUCGUCCGAUCCUGCCGCUACCACGACUUCCUCUGAACCCACUUCUUCAUCGACCUCAACCUCGUCCACCUCAACGACAACCUCGUCCACUUCCUCGACCACCACCACCAGUGAAGAAGCUAAAACCACCACGACUACAUCGGAAGCCGCCAAGACCACCGCUGCAGAGGCUCCCAAAACCACCUCCGAGCAACAACAGCAACACACCACCACCACCUCCACCUCCACAUCUUCUUCUGAAGACCAGCAGAAAGUAACUUCGGCUACCUCUGCCACGACUACCCAGACCCCAGUUGUCGAAACCAUCACCUCCUAUGAGACUGUCAGCGGAAGCACCGUGGCCAAUGUCAUUACCUCUACCUCCACCCCUGCCGCUGCUACCAACACUGCUAGUCUCAACACGGACAGCUCUUCUUCGAACAGCAGCAGUGGUCUGUCGUCGUCCGAUAAGAAAAUCAUCAUUGGUGUGGUCGUUGGUGUCGGCGGUGCGAUUGUCCUAGGUGUUCUGGGUAUUGUAAUCUGGCGCAUCCAGAAGAAGCGCAACGAGGCAUAUGGCGAUGAGGACACUGAUCUGAUGGGCGGAACCGCCGUUGGCUCUGGGCCUCGUGAAAAAGCCUCCAGCCCUGGUGUCGGCACCCCCUUCAAGAGUACACUGGACCAAUACCACAACCCUGGUCCCGUCAACGCUGCAUCGAACUUCUAG